AUGGGCUCGGGCUGGCUCGGGCUCGUCAGUGAGAGCUCGAUCUCGAGCUCAAAGCUCGCGCCCGCUCGGCUCGUGCCCAUCACCACUAGCCGGUUACCACUCAGCAACACGCCCCUCCUCCUUGAGUCCACUGGUUCUUCCGAUUCAAAGGAAUUCUGA